AUUUGUAACUAACCGAAAUUUCGUACGACGAUGAACAGUUUUCCGCCCAUUUUCUUCAAUGAAACAUGCGCCCCCGUCGAUCGGGGUUAGAUUCGCCGUCUUUGUAAAGUUAUUUAGCAUCAGAUGUGUUACAGUGGGCUUUAGGAAAAGAGCUUAAUUUAAUAGCUUUCCUGUGUACAGAUCCAUCGUUUUGUUGGGUGCAGAUGACGUAGUGAAGUAAUUAUUGCACGGGGGUGCCACCAGCUAGCGUGAGAAACUUCCAAAUGUUACAUCCCAAAAUGAGUCCAACCACUCGAUCAUGUGCUCCCGACUGCCGAAGCGUCACAACGUAGAGCCCGUGUUUCGUAUCAUCUCACAGCUCUUUGCCGACCAUUCCGAUCUUGCGUCGUCUUCCGCCGCCCGGACCGAUUCGGAGAUGGGUGAUUUCUACCGCAUGCCGGCCGAUAGCAUUCCGCGCGAUCCUGACCCAUCCAUUCCCGGCAAGACUCGGUUCCACAAGCGCAAAACGCACACACGCCGCAAACCAAGAGCAUCACCGCAAGGUACAUCUCUGGCCUAUUCCGGCACGAUCGUUGGCCGUAGCAAAAGUGUGGACGAUCUAACGGCUGUGGCCGGUGUCGGUUCCGAAUCGGACACAGAAGAGGAUGCGAUUACCAAAUCGCACGACACAAUUGCACCUUCACACCAUCAUCAUCAUCAUCGCCAGGCGGAAAAGCUUCUCCAGCUGAAGGACCAACAGAUAGCCAAGUUGAUCAAGAAGCUGACGGCCGUGUUUGAGUGCAACAAUCAGUUCGCGGUGGAGCACGAAAAGCUGCAGAAGGAGUACCAGCAGGCGGUGCAGAGCCUGCGCACGCUCGAAGCCAUUCAGGCGAAAAGCUGCGACAGUUGCGCCGGCUUUGAAGCGGAACGAAGUUUACUGGCAAAAGAAAAUGCCGAUCUACGGAACGAUGUCAAAAUGAUGAAGAUACUCGUGUACCGGCUAAAUGUACAGAUCGAACGGUAUCAGGACACGAUCCGCGAGGGCAGAACCGACAUACCCCGGCUCGACUUUGUCGACAGCACGUACGGGGGAGCGAAGGACAAUCUGAACUGGGGGCCGGUGAAUUCGCACACGCUCGGUCCGCUGCUGAACGCGUACGAGGAAACGAUCGCCGAGAAGACGGCACUGGUGCAGCGGUACGAAUCGGAGCUGGCCAGUUUCACCGGCAAGCUGAAGAAAGUGCUGGAGGAAAACGAAGCACUGCAGAAGAUGGCGGAAGAGGUACGGGCCGGCCAGAGCGGAUGGGCGUCGGAAAAGGCACGCCUGCAGGCGCAGGUUGAUGUACUACGGAGCAAGGCGGAGGUGCAGGGGAAGCGGGUCGAUCUGGCGAAGGAAAAGCUGGUGGAGGUGCUCAAAUGUUACGAACAGAAAGUACAAGCCCAAAAUCUAGACAUUGAGCGCCUGCAGGAAGCUUACUCACGCGCGAAAGGGGAGCUGACCUCACUGCGUAAUCUGAACCAAAAUCCAGAAGUUGUCGCGAAUAGUUUGAAGGAAUGCCAAAAACUUCUGGAGGAACUUCGACACCAGCACAGCGAAGAACGUACCCGUACGGCAACGGAAGUGGAAUCCCUGCGGACCGAGCUUCGCCAACGGACGGCCGACCUUGAGCAGCUUCGCCAGGACCACCGGCAACAGCAGGGCAUCUUCGAGCGGCAGAAAGAAAUCAAUGAAAUCCUUAUGGGAAAGAACACUACGCUGAAGCAAACGCUCGAGCGCACCAGACAAUCGAAGGAAAUACUGAAGCAGCGCCUCAAAACAAUGAUCAGCUGGGGCAAGGGUUCGGAACAGCGCAAAGAUCAGCUGGCCGACUGCUGGCGCAACAUUCGCGCACUGCAGGACCAGCUGCAGCAGCGCGACCGGCAGCUCCAGGCGCAACAGCAACGCUUCCAGGCCGAGCAGGAGCAGCUGCAGCGUCGGCUACGCCAGCGGGAGGAUACGCUACGUAAGAUUCUAGCAGAUAAGGCCCAAUUUCAGCGCCACAGUUGAGCGGACGAUGCAAAUCCAUUAGCCAAACGCUCAAUGUUUCUGAAAAAAAGAAAACAAAACAAAAUAUAGAGAAAACUGU